AAGAAAUAGGACAGGUUUCAUAUUUUAAAAGAAUUUGUAAGCUGCCCACAAAAGGAGAAAGAAUAAUUUCAACCAGGGAUGCACCUUUAAUAAUUUAACACCAGAAUCAAAAGCCCAUGUCGAGUUCCAGCCAAAGAGAUUUGCUGAUCAAAUGUCUUUAUACUAAUUUAAUAUACUAUACAAUUCUAAAAGUUGUAAAUACUUGAAUAGUUUAUUUUCAGCAAACAAUCACUGAAUUGAUACAGAACCCAGUAGUGCUGUCACUACUAUGACUACUGCUUGAUACAUGUAUAUUAAAUUUGCCAUGAAGUGAUUUGAAUAUUUUUGUUUUUCAGUGUAUUGUAUGCAGUUUGACAUUUGUCACUGAUGUUCUUGAAUUCCAAAAGAUUUUCAACUACAUGUGAUAUGAAUAUAGAUAUAAUAUUAUAUUUGCAACCCAUGAAAUGUAUAUUUUCUCUGUAGCUGGUACAGUUCAACAUAGCACAAUUUGAUUGAGUAAAAGACUUAUCUGAGGGUGCCUCUGGCAGCCACCUUAUGGAGGGUGAGUUAGAGGCUAAUCCCAAGCCACCCGUCAACAUUCCCUCUAUAGAAAACUGGAGUUCCCGGAGAAAACCCACAACUUUUGUCAGAGUGUUGACAGCAUGACUCUUUUCACAUUUAAGUGUCGUUGAAGUGGUGAGAAUUGAACCAACAAUCUCAGAUGUAAAAAGUCCUCGCUCUGACAAUUGCACUACCAAAGUCGGUGGCACAAUCAGCACGCCACCAUAGCGCCAGUAGGGUGCAGUGGAACUUGAUGGGCUAAGCUGUUAAUUUGUGCCAAUGUACCUAGCUUGUUGAGAAGUUCAGCUGUGGGUGAGUGCAUGGGUCUAUAAAUAAAAACCCACAAGAGUAUUAAAUUUGCAUAAAUAUUGCUAGUUCUAGCUAGAUUCCGUUGAAUGUAAAUACUAGUGCUUUAUGUUAUGAGCAAAAUAAAUAAAAUUCUCAAGACUUUAAAUGUUACAGGGGUUGUUGUUUGCAUAGCAUGUUGAUGAGGUAUAUCUCAUUCAGUCAAGUUGUGUAAAACAUAUGCCCGUUCUAACUUGGCUGAACCAAUGACCAUAUACAGGAUUUAGGAACAAGCACAGAAACAACUGGGAUAGGUCUUGUUGUUGUCCAAGCACUUUACUGGGACCUACCCUGAGUGACCUGAAAUGGUUUCAGGUGAAGAAUUUGGGGUGGCUAACCCUGUAGUAUAUACAUGUUUGGAUUGUUUAAUCCCGAGACCAAUUUCCAUGACAACAGGGUAAAUCAUGUAAUGUGUGUAUAUUUAAUGUUGACACAUAUUUUCAGUGAGACCAUCAGAUGAUGUUUGCCACAUAUUUUUCAAAUAUCGUUGAUUAUUAACAUGCAUCUGAAAUCAGCCCAAUUGUCCAGUUUUUUAGACACUGUCCUGUAACUAGGUGUCAAAUGCAUUAUAUGUGGCCACAGGUAAGUCCAGAGUCUACCCCACUCCUUAGUGUAAACAUGGUAGAUUUUGGCAAUCAAGGGCAAUAGCCUUUAUAGGUCAAAUGCAAGGUGAAGAACAAAAUACACAUCAAAGUAUAAAACACUGGGUUAGUUUGUGCUUUAGCCUUUAAACUUACUGUCAGCCAGUUACAACAAUAGCUAAAUGGCCAAAACAGGUUUUAUAUUAUUAAAUUUAUUAAAUGUUCAUAUAUUCACUGAUAUUUUGCAUACUAUAAAGCAGUCAUGCAUGUUUAAUAUAGGCCUUUUUAUUGGUAAAAUUUUAGAAACUAAGAAACCUACAAUAAAAUAUUUUCUAGUUAUAAAUUUUCUCCUCUGAGGUAAAAGGUAUCAUCAGUACAAAUAAAUAGUAAUUUCAACAUUCCAUAUAAAUUCAAUGUAUUAUUAAAAUAUUUAUAUUAAAAUUAAAAGAUUCAAGAAUAAGACAGUUUCUUUGACUUUGCUUGGUCAGUUUCUCUUUCAAACUGCAAAAAGGCAGUAUAUUUCAUGAUGUGCAUCCAACACCAGACAUAUAUUUUCAACCAAUUGAAAUAAAUCGUUAUUUUUUUUAGAAUGUUCAAUAAUCUCGAGUUCUCUCAUGACCAGCAGACUUUCUAAUUUCGAGAGGCUGGUCUCCUGAGGAGACCUUUAAUUAAAAUACCGUUUUCGAGGAAAAAUCCUUAUUAUCAACGCAGUGAUAAUUUGGACAUAAAAUCUUUCCCAAAUGUACCGCUCGUUAGGCAAGCCUUUCAAUUUCAUUUAUAUAGUACAGCAAUUUCCUUCUUUGCAUUCUCAUGUCCGCCAUGUUUGUUACAAAUUCUGCCAGGCGCCUCGCUUCCCAAGUCCUCCCCAAGCACCCCCGCGCGCUCGCUCAGCCACUGAUCUAUAUAAAAAAACUGUAGUGUUGCUGUUUUUUUAGUACGUUAUUUGCGCCUGGGUACGAGGCUGGUAAAUAGGCACGACAGCUCGCCGGGUCGUCGGUGUGAGCAAACUAUAUCACAACACAUAUGUGUCUUUGUCAAACGAAGCAGCAAUAUUUUAUAUAUCGUGUAACACCUCACGAAUAACGGUAAGUAGCCUUUUUUAGUGUUAUUUGUAUUUUUCAUGUAUUCCUAUAUAUAGGUGUGUAUAUAUACUAUACAAGCUUAGCGUUUAUUAUGGCUAUUGUCGUACUACAAAUAUUAUGGAUGCUAACUAAUAAUACGGUUUUAAUAUGUAUUUUUACGAGUUUGUGUAUUGCAAUUAAGUAUAAAUGUACUUAUAUACAGUACAAGCGAAUAUACAGUAUUAUAUAUUAAUAUACGUAUAAAAAAGCGCAACAAAAUAAGCGCGAUACCGCCGAUAUACCAUCAAUUAAAUAUAAACUAUAUAGAGUAUAGUACAUACAAAAUAGGCCCGCGAUAAGGGCAUUGAUAUUAGUGCCUGUGAAUCGGGAUAGAAUUUCAGUUGAAUCCACAUAGUCAGUUAUGUGUUAUGAUAAGGGAUCGUCAUAUUAAAGCCUAAGGCUUCACUAACUAAACAUAACUAAUAUUUGUCAGUAGCUUUGCUGCCUUUGCAGGUUAUAUAAUGUUACAGUCGCGAGUAACAUAACGAUAGUAACAGACAACUUUCGAAACGAAUAUAUUUAUUUUCUUUCUUCAGCCCACUUCCAAAAAGCAUUAAUCCUAAAGCGGCUAACGACCUUAUGACCGUAACAUAAUGUUGUAACCCGAAGUUGCACGAGUUUUCCUUUCGACUAUAUACAGUAUAGUUUCGCAAGAGAGGCAUAGUCACGUAUUGUUACGACAUUUCAAGCUCCAGAUUAAUUUCCAACUAUGUUUUAACUUAAACAGAAUACAUAAUAGUGUUGGGAAAGCAUUAAGAACAGCUAGCCAAGGUUGAGUGAUUGCCCAUGCACUCUCAAUGCAGUCAUGCAUUCGCUUUAAAGCGGACGUAUGUCAACAAAAUGGAGCCGUUACGAAUUUUGUGUACGAUUUUCUGCAUAGUUAUAAGUUAUAUACGUAUCGAAUAAUCGAAAUAUUCAUUAUACCGACAUUAACUUUGUCUUUGUCGCACGAAAUUAGGUGAAUCAUUCUGUAUCGUAUAUGUACCAGUAAUGAUGUGAUCAAUAUGUGACCGCUUGUGUUCGAUCGACUAUUUUUUUGCUAGUAGGCCUAUGGCUGUGAAUAGUUUUAUAAACGGGAGCCGGACAUUUUAUUCGGGUUGUCAGGUCUGCAAUUCUGAUCACUUGGUUGCGUAGAUAUCAUCGGUUUUUGUACUAAAAGCAUUUAGAUAUUUUGGAGCUGUAUAUAUAUUAUAUAUUUAUAUAGACGUGUGCUCGCCAAUAUUCAGAAAAAUUUCUUAAUUUUUAAUCUUAUAUGACGUUAUAUCGCGGGAUUAAUAUAUAUAUAUAACGGGAUUAAUAUAACGCAGGCUUUAAUAUAUAGAGUCGAUGACAAACGUAUAUACAUUAUCCGUAUUAUGAGAUGUUAUAUAAUAGAAUGAAUAGAUCACAGGCAUGGUGCGCCUCUGUAUAUUGCCUAUAUAUAUUGAUCUGUGAAUGAUACGGAAAAAUUUCAACAUAAUGCUUCUGCCUCGGCAGUCUGGAUGUUUUGGUUGGCACUUGGGGCAGUAGAAUAUGUGCCCGUUUCAGCGAGCGUUGGCGUACGCUUCAUGUGCCAAUCUUGUUGCCAAUUUUAAUUGUAUUAGAUGCGUCGCUGGAGCGAUAUGAAUGCGGUACUUUAUGCUGUAUUGCGAAGGUUGAAGCGCGUUCCAGCGAGAAUCCUGAGAAAUACAAUUCAAAACAAAUAAGUCCAUUUUUAAAUUACAAGAUGGCUAAUCUAAAGCCCUGGGCUGGGCAAACUAGGAAACAAUGUUGUGGAAACAUUUGUGAUUCUCGUUGUACCCUCAAAUGUUUCCAUGUUUGCCCACCCGUGUGAAACAUUGUUGCGGAAACAAAAUUUGCUUCCCGUGGGAAGCAAAAAUGUUUCCUAGCAAAUUCAGAAACAUUUGAUAUUUCUCACUAAUGUUUCCUAGUGUUUGCCCACUCUGGGAAACAUGGUGAAACAUUGGUAGGAAACAAUGUUUCCGCAACAAUGUUUCCUAGUUUGCCCAGGGCUUAAUACUAUAGUUACAACAUUAAAAAACAAUGGAUGAGACGAAAUUUUGAUCUAGACAAGAAGAACUGACCAAAUUACUACCGUAGCUGGAAAGAGCAUCUUAACAUGAGUAGUAUUGCAAAGUUUGGUUGCCAAAUUGUUGUAAAAUGAGGAAAAUAUAGCCCUGUGAUUAAGUUCGCAAAUUUUGUAUGUAUUUGCAUAACGCGCUGAAAAAUAAUCAUUUUUGAGCCGAAAGUGGUUAUUUUUACCGUGCGUAAUACAAAUAGCCUAUAUAUAUACAAAAUUUGCGAACUUCACAGGACUAUAUUUUCUUCAUUUUACAACAUUUCGCAACCAAUCUUUGCAGUUUUACUCAUUCUAAGACGCUCUUUCACUUGCCUUGAUCAAAAUUUAGUCUGUAUAUAUAUAGCUGGCAGCACCCAUUGAGUAGGUGGAUUUCGCAUAAUAGUGUGACAGGCUCUGCCGAACUUGUAUCGAACUUUGCGGCUCCAAAUUCUGCCAUAUACUUUAAUACUUAAUUAUUUAACUGAUUCAUCCGUCGCUCUUCUGACGCAUGCCUAAUUCGUCAAUAGAGAGGUUCAGACAUCGACUAUACCGCUACCACUAUGUCUCUCACAGGUUUAGUACUGAUUUGAUUGGUUAAUUGGAUAGAUUAAACGCAUCUGAUUGGUUAAUUGGGCAGAUUAAAUCCAUUUGAUUGGUUAAUGGUAACAGUUGCUGCAUGUAUAGUGCCGAACUAGAGAGGCUCAGAUUUUGAAUUCCACACGAAAAGUACGUCGUCUGUAUUAAAACGGUCCUUGUCAUGACUGACUCGAUGGCCUUGAGCUCAUUUUUGAUAUUCCUGAAAUUCAUACAAAAAAAAGCGUUAUUUUAAGCCGUAUUAUUCAUGCUUUCAGUUUCAUUGAAACUGUUUCAAUACAGAUAAAUUGCCUUAUUUUUUACAUUGCUUUUAAUUUUAACAUUAUAUCAUUAUUAAACAUAUCUACAAAGCCCUAUUAUCAAGAAAAUUUUAGGCUAGGUAAACCUCAACAAACAAUACUUCAUUCUUAAAAAUAAAAAACAUCCGGUUUCUACUAAUUAGCUACUAUGUCUAUUGUCUAGACUGUGGUUAGAAUUUACAAGCGGUUGGACGCAAAAAUGGUAGGGACGCGGAAACGGAUGAUGUAUAUAAUAGCGUGGAUUAUAGUCUUAAAUUCUGAAAUAUAUUGAUACGUGCAUAUUUUUCUCUUUAAAAACAUGAUAAACAAUUGAAUUGUAUACAGUCUGACGUUGGCUACUCAUAAGAAGUCUUUGUUUGACAAUAGUUUCCUCGCCUCGGUCAAUUGCGCUAAACACUUCUGAAACAAACAUUGUCCGGUUUUUUACUGAAACGCCAAUGAAACCAGAUGAUUGGAAGUCGUUCACCGUAUAGCCAUAGUUGACAUAGUUUGGUUUUGUUGAGCUCUUGGUCCAUACUCGUUAGUUUCUUUCUUGGAUAUAAACUGUGAAAUAGAGGUACAUAACAUUAAUUUAUUUCGACCAUUUAUAAUGAUUAAUUAAUUGGUUGACUGUAGAUUCAUUCAUUCAGGGAAUUGAGACAUUAGCGAGUUUAAGCUUCGCGUUCAAACGUCAAAUGGCAAACGCCAGGGGGAGAAAAAAAUUACGCUAUACAAGGUAAUAAAUGGGAAAUCAACUUAAGAUUCGACUACAUGCAGUAUGCCGUUUGCAUGCUGUUCUCGCAAACAUGAAGCUUAAUAAACUCCCUAUUGUCUUAAUCUGUGGCGCAGGUUACUACAAUUAGAAUAAUAUACAAAUAAAUAUUAAAAUGGACAAUCUGAACACAAUCAACUGACACGUUGACAUUCCAACGAUCUACCUUCAACUAAAAAAGACGCCUAAUUAAAAUACCACUAUACUAACAAUAAUACGAACACUAACACUCGUACUAAUUUGCCAACAACACUCCUCUCACAUACAGAAACUCGCAUUUCAUGUUUUUAACAUUGCCAGAAUGGCUCCCAGAGCCAUUGCCACAAUUUAUCACGCGCUAUUCAAGGACAUGCAGCCUAGAUGACUGUACUCCAAUGACGAUGAUAAACUUAAAGGGGAUUUUCGUAGGAGUUUGUAAAAAUUCUGUUGAAACUUAUGAACCUUAUCAAUUUUUUAGCUUAUGCAGUUUGUUCAACUGAAGCAUUAUGCAGUCUCACUUUCAUUUAUCUCACGAUCUCGUUCUUUUAUUCGAUAAAUGGCGAGGGAAAACUUUGGCAGGUCAGUCUACCUUCAAUUCUACCGACAUCAGGUACACACGUAAAAAGGCACAAGUUGUAACAAACCUGCAGCAGACUUGUAGCAAUGGCCAAUGCUGUUCCAACAACUUGUCAACAGGAUGUGUUCUCACUGCUUGUUCUCAGCUUGUUGGCAAGUUGUCAACGGCUUGUUGACUUGUUACGUUACAACUUGUUAACAAGUUUGCGAAAAGCCUGUUGCGAACACAUCUUGUUGACAAGUUGUGAGAUUUUUGCGUGUGUAAGGAUAAACGAGGCACCAGCGUAAAGUUCAUUUUCACAAUCGAUUAAUCGUUAUUAGCAAUCAAUUAAUAUUGUUUAAUCGUAUGGAUUAAUUAAGUUAAUACUUGCGAUAGAUGAACCAGGCGGAAAUCGUAAUCAGAUAAAUAUUAAUGCCCAGCAUAAAAUACGUAAAAGAGCCAUAACAAAAAUAUAGUUUAAAAUAUUUAUUAGAAAGCUAACGUUUCGUCUUUAACUUAAGACAUCUUCAGAGCAAUGACAUACAAAGCGGAAAAUACAGAAAUAUGAAUAAAUUACAACUAUUUACAAGAUAUUAUAUUACAAAAGUAGAAAGAGGAAUGGAUCAGAGUAGAAGUAGAGGGACCGAACUGCCUUGUAAGUUGAGAGAGGGUUUGAGUUUGUUAAUGAGAAGACUUUCUCGAAUGAGGAGUUCGCCGUCUGGAGAAGAGCAACAAGAAAUAAUCUUAAUUAAAAUCAUUAAGAGAGGCGGAGUGACCAGUGCUAUCAAGAUGGGAAAGGAUACUAGACAUGGUCGGAUUGCUGCUUUUACUGCCUGCUAGAGGAGAAACACCCAAGUGUUCAGAUACUCGUGUGUGCAAGUGACGGACCUCUACUUCUACUCUGAUCCAUUCCUCUUUCUACUUUUGUAAUAUAAUAUCUUGUAAAUAGUUGUAAUUUAUUCAUAUUUCUGUGUUUUCCGCUUUGUAUGUCAUUGCUCUGAAGAUGUCUUAAGUUAAAGACGAAACGUUAGCGUUCUAAUAAAUAAUUAAGUUAAAUUUAAAAUACUGCCUAAUAUUAUUUUUUAUAGAACUUUGUCCUCAAAAUAUUUUAACUUGAAAUUUUAGAUCAUCUUUUUUUCGCUGCUGCAAUCUUCGUUGUGGCUGUUGUGUAUGAGUUUCUUCGUGCUUACUUGAAGUAUCAAAUGUGUCUACAGGCCAGAAAGAGUGGAAGGUAUAUAUGGGCCUAAUCUUAUUUGGUCUCGAAUUCAUACGGUUAACUGUCCCGUGUGAACGGCGCCUUGCAAGACACUUAACGCACCAAUACACUUAGCACACCAAUAGUGCCAUCCAGUCACGAUCCAGUUCUAUGAUUUUUUCAUUUAAUAGUUUUGUGUGUGGAAACAUCACGUAAAUUUAUAAUAUGUAUUAGUACUGAUGAAGAUCCGGGCUUACGGAUUGGAAGCUUUGCAGUAACAAAUUUACGUUGUGUUUCCACAAGUAAAACUAUUAUAUGUUUUAUCGAAAGAACCUAUUUUUUCAUUGUUUUAAAAAUCCCACUGUUCUCCAUGCCAUCUACUCAUGAUCCAGUGAUCAGAAUGUUCCAUUGUAUUUUCAUUGUUUUGAAAAUCUCACUGUUCUCCAUGCCAUCCAGUCAUGAUCCAGUGAUCAGAAUGUUCCAUUGUCUUUUCAUUGUUCUGAUAAUCUCACUGUUCUCCAUGCCAUCCAGUCAUGAUCCAGUGAUUGGAAUGUUCCAUUGUCUUUUCAUUGUUUUGAAAAUCCCACUGUUCUCCAUGCCAUCCAGUCAUGAUCCAGUGAUCGGAAUGUUCCAUUGUCUUUUCAUUGUUUCGAAAAUCCCACUGUUCUCCAUGCCAUCCAGUCAUGAUCCAGUGAUCAUAAUGUUCCAUUGUGUUUUCAUUGUUCUGAAAAUCUCACUGUUCUCCAUGCCAUCCAGUCAUGAUUCAGUGAUCAUAAUGUUCCAUUGUCUUUUCAUUGUUUUGAAAAUCUCACUGUCCUCCAUGCCGAUCCAGUGAUCGGAAUGUUCCAUUGUCUUCUCAUCGUCACUCAUUGUUUUGACAUAUUUUUUGACGUUGACAGAGGGGCUAUUGGGUGGCAAGGAGCAUAAAUUAUCUAUUGUCUAUUACGGAUCUUAUUGUUAUUGAUUGAUUAUAUCUACCGCGAUUGGUUGAUUGCAUGAUCGAUCGAUUGAUUGGCAUUGAUAUCUAUUUACAUUUUAGGUAUAAUCUAACAGCGUUGGCCGCCUCAUUAUUAUACCAAAUUAACUUCAUAAUUGGUUACGGGCUAAUGUUAAUAGCCAUGAUUCAGAGUGUUAUAUUAUUCACAGCUAUCUCGUUAGGUGCGGGAGUGGGUUACUGUAUUGUCCAACCUGCGUACGGACUGAUCGCAGACCAUGCUGGAAAUGAUAUUUAUUAUGUCAAACAAACUGAAGUUGAGAAAUUGGACGAGCUGGAAACUGAGAGAUUGGAUACUAGUCUUUGUCCUCCACACCAAUUUACGUAUGUCUAGUCACUGGACUCUAUAUAUAUAGCUGGAAUAUGAUCUUCACCAAAUUGCUUGAAUGGAAAGUGAAACCAACAUGGCGGAUUGUCGUAGUUCCUCAAUAAAAUGGCCAUGAAUUACAAUCCAAUUUUAUAAUUCGUAUUAAAUGAACGGACAAGUGUUUUAUUCGUAAUAUGAAAAUCAUAUUUAUGACCAUGCGGUUAUCGCUACUAAAACUCCCUAGAAUUGUCAACACUCUUUAAUCCUUAUCUACCGAAGACUUAUUCGUGAAUUUCAGAAAUUCGAAAAUUUUUUACCAUUUGUACAGUGAUUGGUUAUACUCACGAUCAAGGAGAAACAGAUAUGUGUCACAAUAUGAGAAAAUUAUAGAGUAUAUUUUGUAUAUAAUAAUUUGAAAUACUUUAUAGGGACCGUCAUUAUUUAUCGCGGGUGGUUGCACCGAAGAGAAAUGGUUUUCUUGGUAAACAUUUUGCAAAUCCAACCAUUAAUUUAAAAAGUCCAAAAAAAUUUACCCAACCUCAAAAAUAAAUACCCACCCUUGGCCAAAAACUUUACAAAAGGAUACCAUUCAGUUGUCGGGCACACAUGUCCUUUACCACUUCUGUGACACGAGUUUGAUAACUGCUUGUGCAAUUUUCUGCGGUCUAAAGUUUCGUGUUGUCUGCACUUGUACUUUUUUUGGAGACACCAUUUGCCUCAUGACAAAUCGGAAAAUGAUGAAGAUAGUGACUCUGAUUGAUUGAUUGAUUUACAUAUUGUAUUGACAUUUAGACUGUCGACAUUGCUUUUUAGUCUUCGAUAUUUGAGUGAGUCAUGCUUUGGAAAUGACAAAAAAUUUUUAUUACCCAGCCCUUGAGUUGUUUUGUUUUUCAUUACCCAGCUUUUUACUCAUUCAAAAUUUUGUUUACCAAACCCUUUCCUCUUCGGUGUCAUCCCCCCCCCCCCCCCCCCAUAAAUCAUGACAGGUCCCUUAUAUCGUGAUGCAAAAAAAUUAAAACACACAUAUUUUUGUAAAGAUAUAUUUCUAUGAUGGAAAGACGUACAUUAUAAUUUAUAUUAUCAUAACGUAUAUUAUAAUUACAAGUAUAUUAAACAUAUAUGACAAGUUAGAGUCGCCCCGAGGGCUGCCUUAGGGAUAUAUUUUGUGUGUGUGGCCUUUUGUAGUUAAUUUAAAAUCAUGCCCAUGAUUUUAAAAGUGCGAAAUUUUUAUAUUUUACUGUGAUAUUGAAUUACGAACGAUGCCUGUAGUUUCUCAAUAAAUUAGAGCACUGUUCGUAAGUGAUUUUGGAUAUAUUGAGUGUGAUUGUAGUAGUUUAGCGCGCCGAUAAAAAACGCGGGUGCAUUUUAAGACUCAGUCGAGUCAAGUAAAUUACUAAAAUAAAUUUAAAGAUGGCGACUAAAAACUCAAAGAAAACUCGCCAUGGAUAUUCUUCCAACACCGAGACCAUUGAGCUCUAUAUAUUAUCUGGAGCGAGAACUUCAGUCAUUCGUCCAAUGAGAAUGGCUUCACUUUUUGGACUCGAGUUCUUACUCCAGAUAAAUAUGAAGCUCAGUUGACUGGACAGUAUUCGUCUGACAUAAAUAAUUAGUUGCUUAAUUUAAUAAUCGCCAAAGAUGUCCUGGUUAAACCAACCCAAUACUGGUUAUGCCAGUUUAGAGAAAAUAAAAUAACCAGGAAAUUAACUGGUGAAAACAACCUAGACUAAAUGAUAUGUAACCGAAUUGAAAUCCCAAGGAAAUAAUAAUCGGUUUCACUAAGCAUCGUGCAACAGAUGGUGUUUUCAACUGGCAAGUAUCGGAGUAAGAAAGCAUAUUCAAGAUGCAAUAGGCUCUUUGCAGUUAACUAAAAAUAGUUGAGGACAAGAAGUGAUUAGAGAACAUGACAGCUGUGAGAUUUGUAAACAAAGGGGUAAGACAAAAAAACCAGCAUUUUUUUGCCCUCCAGAAAUUGUUAUGCAAAGUUGUUGUGGGGCAACGUUGAUUUCACCGUUGUUACCCAAUUCAGAUUUCAGAACUUUGAGUAACUAUGCCCAGUUACAAUUGUUCUUGUUUACAGAAGCAUACAGGGUGUAUCAAAAAAAGGAGACCUUUAGAAAUCAACCAUUGUUAUAAUUUGAAUCCUGGAGCACUUUGCUAAGCCCGCGGGUGCGUAUAACAUGCGAUCUACGUACAGUAUGCAUGGCAGAUUGUUCCCAGGAGCAGACAAUCUUGUGUUUAAACGUUAUUUCAAUUUAUGCACCCCAUCAAAAUUUCGCGCACUACGGUUCAGCAUAUGUGCAAUUGAAAAGGCAUUCAAAUUUUAACAAUAUGGUUGAUUUCUAAAGGUCUCUUCCUUUUUUUUUAUACACCCUGUAGAAUGAAACAAAGGAAACUAAAAUUAGAAUUAUUUACUCGUGUAGAUAAUUCUAAAGCUUAGUUACCUUUGUUCUAUUCUAUGCCUCGGUAAACUAGGAGAAUGAUAACUAGGUAUGCAAAGUUAGCCAAAUUUGUCUGUUAUCUUCUAUUUGUUGGCAAUUGAGAGAUGUAUAGUUUGGUUCAGUUUCUUCAUACGCUGUCAAUACCACAACACGAAGAAAGGGAUUAACAGUAUUUUGAAUAUUUUCUCACUCUGGUAAAAGCCAGUUCACCAACAACAACUGUAAUGUAACGCUUAAUGAAACCUAUCAAUAGUCUCGGUGUCAGAAGAAUAAGCAUCGCGAAAGAAAAUUUAAUGACAAUGUUCGUUCACAUCGUACGACUUGGCGACUCUCCAGCUGAACAAGAAGUAGCCGCAGCCAGCUCCGACACACACGGCAAUAAACAGCCAUCCGUUGAAAGUCAUCGCGAUCAACAUGAGGAAAUAACUAAGGGCAACUUGAAUGAUGUGCAGGAAUGACUGAACGAAGUGAUGCCAGUUGCAGAAACGGUUUCUGGAAAGAAAAAGGUAUAAGGUUCGUUCUAUAUUUUGUUACCUAUAUAUAGUGUUUCUCAAUUAUUUUGUGAGGGCUGGUUUAGAUUAUCAAAGUUUCUGUGAUCACAGUAGGAAUUUUGCAUAGAUAAAUUCUAAGUUUUGAAGGAUUUGUAAGGAAUGUUUAUUAAAUUAAGGGACCAGUUUCUCAGCCUCGUUCGACGCCAUAUUGAAUAUUUUCAUGCAUUCCCUUGGUCUUGUUGGUAUGUUGGACGGUAUCGCUCUGUUGAAUGACGGUACUUGUGAUGUUGCCAUCCAUGACAUGGCCACCGUGACAUUCCAUGUCAAAACACACUACAGACUACUUACAGUUGUUCUUAAAUUUAAAUUAAAUUAACAUACAGUCGAUUGCCUGUAAUAACCAUAAAGGCUAACUAUGAACAGGCAUGAUGUAAGAUUAUGACAUUAAUAUAGCAGGUUUAAAGAUAAAUCAGUCAACUUGCAGCAACGGUGGAGAUAUAAACUGGAAAAAUAGAUACACGUUUGCAUAUAGCAAAAAAAUAUUGAUCAGUGAAGCAGCAACUCGUGAUAGGUUGGAAAAUAAGUAGGCAAACAACCGGAACAAACCAUUCGCAUAAUAUUGUGUUGUAGUCUGGAGAAAACAUUGUAUCCAAACAGGAUCAUCCAGUAUAGUCCCUUACAAUAUUUAACAUCAUAUUUUUUUAAAAUACUCGAAAACUAGUUGUUUUUAAUAAUGAUUCAUCUAUAGAAUUCCAAACUUUUGCUCCUUGAAAACCUAUUGAAAGGUGCUCGUGCAUAGCAUGUGAAGGAGAACUUGAAAGUUGAAAGGCAGCGUUAAGCCUGUUUUCCACUUCAAUCGUACCGUUUACAUACCGUAGAAUUAGUUCCACACUACCGCUCAGAAAACAAAGAAAUACGCUACGUUUCGGUGCGAUUGAAGUGGCAACUGGCUUUACGAGGCGCAAGGCGUUUUCAAAUAGUUUUCACAAUGACUUUGAAAUAGGCCUUGUGUACAAUAGUGCCAUCCAGUCACUAUCUGCUGAUCAAAAUGCUCCAUUGUGUUUUCAUUGUCUUGAAAAUACUACUGUUCUCCAUGCCAUCUGAUUGUAAUUUGUAAACACCAUCGUUGUAAUAAAAUAAUUGUUGGCAAGAUAAAAUCCAGAAACAAAAUAACAUUGUCAAUAUAUCACAAUAGAGCUAUGUUGUUAGCAAAAUGUCAUUCGUGACAAAAAAAAACUUUGUAAAUAAUCCGACAUAAUCUCCCUUGAUGAGCGAUGCUCUUGGAGAAAAUAUCUGUAAUUAAUUAAUUAUAAUUCAUGUACAUGUUUCAUUUACCUGUAGCUAAACACAGUUGUAUCAUAAGGGCUCUUGCCAGCCGGCCCAUGUCCAUUGCUUGAAGGAUUGUAACUUUUGGGACUGCCGUAUUUCUCACGAAGAACUUCACGGAACACCUUGAAUCCUUCAUAAAUGAUUGCCAAAAGGAAUACCACGAAACACGACCACACCAUUCCUGAAAUAGUUGAAAUUAUAACAGUUUGAAAAGCCUUAAUAGACCUUUCCCCUUAUGAGUGAAAUUUUGGUCUAGAUAUGCCUGGACAAAAAUCACAGCUUGAAAGAGCAUCACAAAAUUAGUAAUAUUCCGAAGUUUCGUUGCGAAAUGUUGUAAAAUGCGUAUAAUAUAGCCUUGCGAAGUUUGCCGUUUUUCAGUCAUUUUGCAUAACAAACGGGAAAUUGAUAAUCAGAUGAUCAAACUGAUUAUCAAUUUCCCAUUUGUAUUAAAUACAAAAUGACUGAAAAUUACAAACUUCGCAAUGCUAUAUUAUCCGCAUUUUACAACAUUUCGCAACGAAACGUCGGAAUAUUACUAAUUUUGUGAUGCUCUUUCAAGCUGUGAUGAAAUUUUUGUCCAGACUUGUCUAGAUCAAAAUUUCACUCAAAAGGGGAAUUCGAAAGGUCUAUUUACUGUAGAACUUUGCCCCUAUUUUUACUGAUAACUGAUAAAAUAUCUUUAACAGAUCGUUGACAAACUAAGCAACAGCAAUUUGCUACUGAUAUCUUAUCUGGCAGCCUGACAAUGACCUUAAAAGUUAAAAUUUAGCUGACAAUUUAUACUGAGACCCGUUUUACGCCGUCGCAAAAUUUUUGCCGUCCGCUGUUCCGCACAGCAAUAUCCGCAGAUGCGAAGUGGCAAAGACGCAUCGAAGUGUGGCAAAUUUAUACUUUGAAAGUUUUCAACAAACAUCGCCCGUUUAAAACACUGUCAAAUCACAAAAUUACUUCAUAAAAAAGGUAAAAAGCUAGAGCGUUUUGUUAAGUGAUGAUUUGAAAAGAAAUAACCUUGUUUUGCACUCUUUUCAGAGACGAAAGAUUUUGUUCCAUGCAAAAUGGCCUCGCCUUCCGUUUGUCUUUGAGCGAGAACACAAAGCAAAGGCGAUAAAGAAGCGAGUUUUUGUGGCCAGAAGAGAGGUUUGUUUUAGUAUUUAUAAUAGACAAUGCCAUAACUUUUAUUUAAGCAGGCUUUAGCCGCUUUUAAAGCCAAAUUUUAGGUUUUUUACAAAUGUAUAAAUAUAAACUCGUGUGCGAGGCUAGUACGGCGGAGCCAUGUGGAAAACGUUUCAAUCGAAAGCGCUUUUAUUUUAGUCAUUUUAAGCAGCUAAAUUAAACCGAAGUAAAAGCAAAUGUGGGUUGCAAUCUUUUUAGAAGUUUCAAUAAAUUUAAGGUUGUAUUUUGUAAAAAAAUGUGUAUUAUAUUUGCAUGGGAAAAAUUUUACUAGUAACAAAACCGCGGUUAAUUUAUACGCCAGUGGAGCCAGGAUUCUGGAAUAUUGAAUCCAGGAUGAUAUACGUGGAAUUCUUUUGAGUUCUAAUUAAUAAUUAAACCAUUAAACCAAUGUUAU